UUUCCAGAGCCAAGCGUGAUGACGUGAUGGCUGAAAAAAGCACGCGGGAGGAGACGGAGACUGGCGCUCGACUGUCAUUCGCGGACAAGAAAACCUGACUGGACGUUAUUACCUCUAUUUCAAUACAUAUCCGUGUAGUGUAGAGCUGUUUUAGCGUAUUUUGUGAGAGUUUAAACCAGGGACAUACUUAAUUUACCCGGACUCAAAGUUAACGAUACUCGUGCGACUUGGAAAGAGUUUUAUUCCCACGACAACUACCGAAGCGUUUGCGCUCUCUAAAAUAUACGAGGCAACUUAGCUGUCCGUUCGUUUUUAACUUUGUUUCUAUAUCGACCAGUUUCUAUUCAUUCGCUGGUCGCUUUCUAAAGGGAUUUAAACGCUAGCUAGUACAGUCAAACAUGGGUUUGCACCCGUUGGAGUUCAGUGAGUCUUACCUGGACAGUCCUGCCUUCAGGGAGAAGAUCAAAGCUCAUGAAGCAGAGCUGGACAAAACCGGCAGGUUUAUCAAAGAGCUUUAUAAAGAUGGGAAGAAUCUCAUCAAUGCCACAAAACAGCUUUCAAUGGCCCAGAAGAAGUUUGCUCAGUGCCUGGGUGAAUUCAAAUUCGAGUACAUCGGCGAUGCUAAAACUGACGAUGAGAAGUGCAUUGAUGAAUCAUUGCAAGAAUUCUCCUCCUUUCUCAGAAACUUGGAAGACCAAAGAGAUCUCAUGACGAGAAACAUCACAGAGACACUGAUGAAGCCUUUAGAAAAAUUUCGGAAAGAGCAUCUCGGCUCAGCAAAGGAAGAGAGGAAGAGGUACGAGAAGGAAACAGAGAAGUACUACAGCUCACUAGAGAAACUUUUGAACAUCUCAGCAAAGAAGAAAGAGCCACAAUUACAGGAGGCGGACAUGUCGGUGGAAGUGACGAGACAGCACUUUCAGGAGUCGUCUCUGGAGUACGUUUGCAAGCUGCAGGAGAUACAGGAGAGGAAAAAGUUUGAGUGUGUCGAGCCUAUGCUGGCGUUCUUUCAGACUGUAUUUACUUUCUAUCAUCAGGGAUACGAGUUGGCCAAAGACUUUGACCAUUAUAAAAAGGCCCUUCAAAUCAAUAUUCAGAAUACACGGAAUCGUUUUGAAGGCGCGCGCUCUGAGGUGUACGAGUUAAUGAAGAGAAUCAAAGAGUCGCCACAGGAAUACAGACAGACCAGCCCCAUCAGCAGUGAGGGAUAUCUUUACGUACAGGAGAAAAGACCUCCUCCUUUCGGAUCCAGCUGGGUGAAACGCUAUUGCACGUUUGUCAAAGAACAGAAAAUUCUACACAUGAAGACAUUUGACCAGAGAUCAGGCGGAAAGCUUGGUGAGAACGAAUCUGUUACAAUCAAGUCUUGUGUUCGUAAAACCACAGACACUCUUGACCGGAGGUUCUGCCUAGACAUAGAGAUCACAGAUCGACCAUUCACAGUGCUGACGGUCCAGGCACUCUCAGAAGAUGACUACAGAUUCUGGAUAAACGCGAUGGGAGGAAAGGAGUCGAUGCAGUAUCUCAACCGGACACAUUCAAGAGAAAGAGGAAUUGAUGCCCAGUUGGAUGAUGUCGGGAUAAGCUUUGUGAAAAAUUCAAUAAACGCCAUUGAAACCAGAGGUAUUAAUGAUCAGGGUCUGUACAGAGUGGUCGGGGUCAAUUCGAAAGUACAGAAGCUCCUCAGUUUGAUGAUUGAUGAGAAGAGCAAUGAAAUAGAUCUAGCAGCCAGUGAGGACUGGGAUGUCAAAACCAUCACCAGUGCUUUAAAACUUUACCUGAGGAGCCUUCCAGAGCCACUAAUGACAUACAAGCUUUAUAAGGAGUUCAUCAUCCCUGCAAAGAGUGCAACUCCAGAAUCUAGAGUUCAGGCCAUUCACUGUCUGGUUCAUAAACUGCCAGAGAGGAACAGAUUAGUGCUCAGUCUGAUUACCAAGCAUCUUGCCAAUGUUGCUGCCCACAGCAAACAGAACCUGAUGACAGUGGCGAACCUUGGCGUAGUGUUUGGCCCCACACUCAUGAGGCCGCAGGAAGAUACGGUGGCAGCCAUUAUGGACCUGAAGUUCCAGAACAUUGUGGUGGAGAUUCUCAUAGAACAGCAUGAAAAGAUAUUCGGGCAUGCUCCGAGCAGCUCUCCAUCUUUAGAAACUACACACCUCUUCGCUUCAACCAGACAGUCCAAGAGGCUCAGCCGGCAGAACCGCCCGCUGGCUGUAUACAACCCGCAGGUGCUGGAUAUUCAAACAGUCUCUCCAUCCUCUGAAAGUCCAGCCCUGGUUAAUGAUGAGACAUCAGUGGGCAGCAGUGAGUCGGUCUCCUCCCAGUCAUCGAACGCCUCUGGAACGCCCCCUGAGAAAUCUAAAAAUCAUCACCCCACCAUUAGCACAUCCCUGCCAGAGAGCACUGGGAUAUGUACUGCCACAGCUUCAUGGAUGAAUUCUGCCUCAAUUACACCGGAGAAACCUGGAUCUGCAGGAACUGAGAAGAAUAAACCUGAGGAAAGUGUCACCCUCAUGAAAGCAAAGGCUGUGUACCCCUGUGAGGCUGAACACGAUUCCGAACUCUCUUUCCAGGUUGGCGCAAUCUUCCAUGACGUGACACUCUCCAGGGAGCCCGGAUGGCUGGAGGGUGUGCUGGAGGGAAAGCGAGGACUCAUCCCUGAAAACUAUGUGCAGAUACUGUAACUCCGAAAAGAACUAUCCUCACACUUCUUUUUAUAUUCAUGGUAUCCAUGGUAUCAGCGGCUCUUUCACAGUGGCACUGCCUGUCGUUCCUCCUCCUUCACCACACUUAAGACAUUGAGAGCGAAUAUAUAUGCUGUAUCCAAAAACACAGAUGUUUCUAGCACAAGAAUUAAGUUCAAGUGUAAGCUAAAAUAUGCUGUAUACAUACAAGAAACUGCACAUUUUUACAGUUUGGAAAUGUAAAUAUGUGUGGGAAAAUAUGCAUCCGUCAUUGUGACUUUUUUGUCCUCUUUUUUUGUGUUUUGUUCGUGUUUUUAAAUCACAUGCCUCGCAAUUUUACCCAAGUAGUUUAAGUUGUUUAGCAUUAGUACCCUCAAUACUCAAAGAUGUAUUGAGAAUCUUUGAAUUACAGAUUAUCAAGUUGCAUUUAAUUGAGCAUGUGAUGAUUCAUAAUAGUAAACAUGAGGAAGCGUGCAACAAUAUGACAGUGCAGUGAACAUUGUCAAUUUGGAGAAAAAGUUGUGUGUCUUGGUUCAUUGGAAUGUUAGAUCGCUUAGAAAUGUAGUGCUUGUCAGUUAUUGAUAUUGAAAUUGAGUAUGCAAUUUAUUUAUGUUUUGCAUUGAUUGAAACUGAUGCAGUGCCUUAAAUUUAUUACACAUGGCAUGUGAGAGGCUGUUCAGUAAUUCGAACGGAGCAGUUUUUUUUGUUUUUUUUUGCUACUCUGUAUAUAGGUUUUAAUGUUGUGUUGGAGAACAGAGACAGAUGAAUAAAAAGUAGCCCAUACAAAGACAUAACAUUUUAUAUUGCCAAGUCUUACAUCUGUGUUGUAUACAUACGUUUUGCACAAAAAUAAUUCUAAGUCACGAGUUUUCCCUCUUUAAGCGAUUAAAAGUUAACCAAAUUCUUAAAAAAAUGGCAGACUUCACUGAUGUUUAAUGAGCACGUUUUCAUUUUUCUAAGAGCUCUUGUUCCACAGGUUCAUAUUUGUGACUGAGCGUUUCUGCGGUUAUUUAAGACAGUGAUUUAUGACCUCCGCAAAUGUCUUGCCGUUGUUUAAGUUUUUUUUUUUUUUUUUGAUGCUGAACCUCUUGUUGAUCAAUGUUAAAUAAAUAAAGUAUUUUAUUCUUA